UGCGUUGUGUGGUGGCUUCACAAAUCCAGCCUGUCUCGGGCUGUGGCCUCUCUUUUUUUUUUUUUUUAAAUCUUAAUUUGAUUAUUUGAAGACUCUGGAGCCAGAGAGAGGGGGAAGCGAAGCAGCCAUCCCUUCCCCCCUAUUCGUCUGAGCUACAGGGGAAGGCUUCACACACACACACACACACACACAUACACGGAUGAAAAGAAGCACACAGGGCUAGGCCGCAAGUCAUUAGUUCUUGGUGGGCAAGCAAUGACAAAAGGCUGGAGGGAGAAGCCCGCAUGAGUACUUGGAGGGCGACCACGGGAUCUACGGACGGAGGGGCUCCACGUUCUCCUGCUUUCCCUCUUGUUUUUGGAAGGAAGAGACUCUUAGCAGCACAGAGGAUAUUGCUACAACCGAGCACUCUUGCAACAACAAGCAAAGAGGAGAGCACUUCCUUGUGUUGAGGAUCUAUUUGAAGAGAGGCGCAGGCAGAGAGAGAGAGAGGGAGAGAGAGAGAGAGAGAGAGAAGGGGGCAGCAGAGACUGUGUUGUAUUUUGUAAGUCAGCACAAGCACAGGCAGUCCACGUCGCCUGGGCUGCUGCAGCUGCUGUGCCUUCCUUGAAGAAAAGCCUGGCGACCACAAGAAAGUGAUGCUGUUGUGCGGCCAUCAAGUUGUUUUGCUUGUGGUGAUGUGGAAUAGCUUCGCCGUGGGUCAUAAUGCCGCUGCUGCUGCCUCUGCUGCUCAGAGGAUUACAGGAGAAUAGGAGAUAUCUGCCUGCCAUGCCUGAGCUCCCGGUCUCGCUGGAUGGAAGGAAGAUCUAGACAGAAGAGAGGAUUUUGAUAUUUUUUCCAACAUGCUUGCUGAAUAAAGGGGAAGCCAUAGAUAGACACACACUGUUCUCUCUGAGGUUGGCCGGCUGAAGCGUGAAACCGUUCGGCUGGACAGACAGCAGGCUCCUCUGUGAAAACACACCGUCGCAGAAAUUGGGUUAAAGAAAGGGACAAAACUACAACGAAGAGAAACGAACAGUGAGAUAAGGAGCAAAGGAGGAAAAGGAAGAUUGAAAUCCACAGGCAUGCAAAACAAAAAAGUUGCCAGACCGAGACUGUUUCCAGGUCAUAGUGGAGUGGGAGGAGACUGAUCGGCUCUUGUUUUUCCUGUCAAACACUCUCCUCCUCACCUCUGAUAACCCUGUUUUUUUUUUUACUCUCAUUGCAUCUGCCUGUUUAACCCGAGGACUUUUUUCCAUUUUCAUUUUUAUUAACUUGCUUGUUCUAGUUUGUGUGGGAACUUGGAAACCAAAAACAAAGAAGAAAAAAAAAACAGAAGAACUAAAUUACCAAAUGAUAGCACAAACAACCAGAAAAUCUUGAAUCUCUUCAGGUGAGAGGAAACACACAGUCUGCUCUGGACUUUUGAUAUUUUUGUUACCUUGACAGCAACCAGAAAUCUUGGCUGCCUGUCCGUUUUCUUCUGCAGUGGUUUGGUAACCAAGCGAUGGCCAUGGUGAGCGGGGGCUGGGGAGAUCCCAAUGGGGGCACCAAUGGGUUGGGGGACAAGGGCUACCUGAGGGGGGAGGAGGAGGACGGCUCGCCGCAGGCUGGGGGCAGCGACAUGGAGGCCGGCGACGACGACAAGGCCUGCGUGGUGGACUGUGUGGUGUGUGGCGACAAGUCCAGUGGGAAGCAUUAUGGCGUGUUCACCUGUGAAGGGUGCAAGAGCUUCUUCAAGAGGAGCAUCAGACGCAACCUCAACUACACCUGCAGGUCCAACAGAGAGUGCCAGAUAGACCAGCACCACCGUAACCAGUGCCAGUACUGUCGCCUGAAGAAAUGUUUCCGUGUUGGCAUGCGCAAAGAAGCAGUUCAACGUGGACGCAUCCCACCUCAGCCCAGCCUCAGCCCCUCCAUUACACCCAUAGGGGGUGCGAGUGGGCUUGGAGGCGGCGAGUUUUACAACAACAACAACAAUGGAGGAAGUGGUGGAGGUCAGCCAGUGUCAGAGCUCAUUUCUCAGCUGCUGCGUGCUGAGCCGUACCCCAGCAGCCGCUUCGGUCACCAGUACAGCCAACAAGCUGGGCCUGACAACGCCAUGGGCAUCGAUAACAUCUGCGAACUGGCAGCCCGGCUGCUCUUCAGCACCAUUGAGUGGGCUAGAAACAUCCCCUACUUCCCCGAGCUACCUGUGUCAGACCAGGUGGCGCUGCUGAGGCUGAGCUGGAGCGAACUGUUUAUCCUCAACGCAGCCCAGUCGGCCCUGCCGCUCCACAUGGCUCCCCUGCUGGCCGCCGCCGGCUUCCACUCCUCGCCCAUGUCUGCAGAACGUGUCGUGUCCUUCAUGGACCAGGUCCGGGUUUUCCAGGACCAGGUGGACAAGUUGACCAGGCUGCAGGUGGACUCAGCUGAGUACAGCUGUCUCAAGGCCAUCGCACUUUUCUCACCAGACGCCUGUGGACUGACAGACCCAGUCCACGUGGAGUCUCUGCAGGAGAAGGCACAGGUGGCCCUGACAGAGUACGAGAGGAUGCAGUACCCUAAUCAGCCUCAGCGCUUCGGCCGCCUGCUCCUUCGCCUACCAGCCCUGCGUGCCGUUCCCGCCAACCUCAUCUCCCAGCUCUUUUUCAUGCGCCUGGUAGGCAAGACCCCCAUUGAGACACUGAUCCGUGACAUGCAGCUCUCCGGAAGCUCGAUCAGCUGGCCCUAUGUCCCAGGACAGUAGCCCCCCGAUGGACGAGGUCUCCGUCUGGGAUUACUGACGACAAGGACCCACAGGAAUCCUCUUGACUCAUCACAAUCCAUCUGUGUGGUUCUCAAACUAGAGUGCCAGCUGGCCAUCGUAUGUACUGUACUGUAACUGCUCUAUUCCCCCUAAUGAACUGAGCCCUCUGUCUCCUUGCGGGCCUGCAGAGAAGAGAGGAGCCAGUGCCAGGCUGGAGCUGACUCAGUGCCAGUCCAGCAGUUCUGGUGCCAGGUCUCAGGCCAGAGACCAGCUCUUCCUGCUGGGCCCCGAUAUGGCCACCAGAGCCAGUCAUGACACCACCACAUGCCAUAGUCACUAAAGACAGCACAAUUACAUGUAGAGGGCAGCACUGCACCGCUACAAAAUGCUUCUAGAGGGCAGAACUGUCCUGCCACUGAAGGUCACCAAAACAAUUUCCCCCCACACUGGCCUCAUUGUCCAUGGCUCGCCAUUUGUGAUACAGUGACCUUUUUAUGAACAUAAAUAAAAGCAUUACAGUACUUCAUCAUUAUUAUGGAUGAAACUCAACUCAAAUGUUGGAAUCAUCCUUGGGAAACCGUGGUUGUGUGGUGAACUGAGAACAAAACCCAGUAAGCGUCUCUCAAGCGCCUCAUUGUUGAAGAGAAAAAAGAUCUUGGUUCAUGCUGAAUUCGCCGGCCUCACAAUUGAACACCGAGGGAGAAGCCAAGGAACUGUUCGAGGGGAACAGAAAUGACACAAGACCAAGGAAAUUCACCAAAGUCUAUCACAUCAUCCUGAGAGAUGGUAUUUAAACAGACAAAUCAGAGAGAGAGAGAGAGAUAUGAAUUGACUCUGUAACUGACUGGCCAUCAGACAACACGAACAGCACAUUUAGAUUUACUUACAGGGCUCACUGUUGCCGUAAGGGAAGAACAAGAAGAAGAAAAAAAGCCACAGUUACAUGACAAAGGACUAAUACCUCACUAGACAUCAGAAUGCUUUAGUCUGAUAUUUCCUAAACACAAACCUCUGUAAUUGUUGUUCACCACAAGCCGCCUUCUUUUUAACAACUGCCUUGUUAUUCCGUAUGAAUUUGGGACACUUAAUAAAUAUGAAAUGAGUCUUAUGAGUUUCACAAACAUACACCUUGUAUCUUUUAAAAAGGUCCCCAAACAGGAGUUUUCACUUGUUUCAAAUUUGAGCCAGACUCUGACUAAAGAUGGUGAGCACAUCUGACAAAGUGAUUGUUUGGAAUCAACUCUUUUCAAUGGAGUGAUGAUAGAUUGACUCAUAUGUAAAUUAAACACGGGUUCUCCUAUGACAAACAUUUCCAUGAUUAAAAAAAAAAAAAAAAAAAGACAAUUAGCUUAACAAAUAUAAGUGGUGAUCAAAUAUCCAUAACCAACAUUAGCUGGCAAUCUACCAGACAUUUUGAUUUAGUCAAUGCUGUUUGUGUGGGAAACAAACCUUUGAAAAUGUAUUGAAAUGUAUAUAUAUUGAGGCCAAGUUGUCCGUCUGCAUGUUAAAAUGUUGUUUUGGAUCUCUGAUGAGUUGAAAUUGUUUCAUUCUUUACAUGAUGUAAUUCAGAAAAAAAGGUUCAUUUAUACACUUAAAGUAUUGGUUUGACUGUUUGCUCCGAAAUGUGUUUUUUUUUCUUUCUGUUUUUAUAUGAAAAUACCUCUGUCAUCUGUCGAGAUGUCAAAAAAAAAAAACAUGCCUAUUUCCAUGCCAAUAUGGUUGAUACGGCACUGAUGGAACGAGAGGGUGUUCAUGCUCUCAUCACCGGGCGUCUCUUUCCGCUGUUUUGAAGUGAUGUGAUAGAGAAUAUUGUGAUGGAUGAGAGUCUGGCAGAUGGACUGCACUUGGAGGAUAUUCAAUGCCAAAACAUCACACUACCUGUGACGAGUUAAAAGAGGAUGGGCCCGAUUUUCUGGUCCACUAGGAUUUACCUCAUGUAGGUACUUCAAGAGGCGGGUUUAUAAAUUUGAAAGUAAAGCAAAGCAACUUUCAAAGAAAUGAUUAAAUUACCUCUAAAUAUAAAAUAGAACUUUCUUUAUCGAUGUUAAAUUUGACAAAUUAUCCAUAUGACCAAUUAACCUUUUUUUUUCUAAAGUAAAAGGAUAUAACUCUGCUUCUUGAAAUACCCCCUGGCCUUUUAAAACUUAUUUGGAUAUUCUUCUUUUACUUAUUGACUCACACAACCAUAUCAUAGAGAAAAAAAGAAGACAAAAAGAUGAAUAUACUAUUAAUGUUUUCUUAUCUUUGUGUUACAGUUCUUGAUUUUUUUUCUUCUUAAAUUUCAUGUGUAUGGAAGCGUUAUUACAAGAAUCAAAAGGUGACCAUGUGGCUUUUGUUUGUUUGUUUUUUUCCCAAUCUAUUUGAAAACGGUGUUGUAAUUACAUCUGUAUGAAGAAUGCCAAAUAAACACUGCAGUGUGUACCACA